AAGGAGUAUAUUUGUGGAUAUAUGAAGGACUAUUUGCGUAGAUAAAAGGAAAACGGAGGUUCAUAUAAUUUCUCUUCGACUCACACACAUAGCAUUGACGAGGUGAACCAGGCGGAAGUUCCACAAGGUAAACGGUGUCAAUUUCAGCAUCAGAUCGAAUCGCUCUCCUAAGUCCCAACAACACAACCCACGCCGCCGUUCAUUGCCUCACUGCCAUCGCUGCCGGACCGCCGUUCAUCGCUGCAGAUGCUACGUUGCUACUGGAUCAGUUUCCUUUUGUCACUUUCUUGUUCCUUGGGUGUUCUUCAUGGAAGCAUCGGUGAUGCUGACCCCUCAUAUAGGUCAUGCCUAAUAGACUGUGAAGAAAUUGGAUGUGUGGGAGAUACAUGCCUUCCACACUGCAACAUCUCAUCUAAUGGUACCCCUCUAGAUGGUCCUUGGUACAUGCAAGAACCUCAAUGGGAUUGCCAAAGUGAUUGUAGGUACCACUGUAUGUUAAAAAAGGAGCAAGAACGUGCAUCAUCUGGUCAAAAACCAGUCAAGUAUCAUGGAAAAUGGCCUUUUAAAAGGGUAUUCGGAAUUCAGGAGCCUGCUUCUGUUGCAUUUUCUGCUCUGAAUUUAGCAAUGCACUUUCAUGGGUGGCUUUCCUUCUUCAUUCUUUUGCAUUACAAGCUACCUAUGAAACCAGAUAAAAAGCCUUACUAUGAUUAUGCUGGUUUAUGGCAUCUAUACGGGCUUCUAGCAUUGAAUUCCUGGUUUUGGAGUGCUGUUUUUCACAGUCGAGAUGUGGAAUUGACAGAAAAGCUAGACUACUAUUCUGCAAUUGCAUUGCUUGGAUACUCGCUGAUUGUAUCCAUAUUAAGAAGCUUCAAUGUGAGGCUGGAGGCUGCAAGAGUCAUGGUUUCUGCCCCUUUGAUUGCAUUUGUCACCACCCACAUUUUGUACCUCAACAACUACAAACUUGAUUACGGGUGGAACAUGAAAGUGUGUGUUAGCAUGGGAGUUGCACAGCUAUUAAUAUGGGGAAUAUGGGGUGGAAUAAGUCAUCAUCCAUCACGUGUAAAACUAUGGUUUGUGAUAGUGUUGGGUGCAUUAGCAAUGCUUUUAGAAAUAUAUGAUUUUCCUCCAUACCAAGGAUUUAUUGAUGCACAUGCGGUUUGGCAUGCCACAACAAUCCCACUUACUUACAUGUGGUGGAGUUUUAUAAAAGAUGAUGCUCAGCUUCGAACAUCUUUUCUACUCAACAAGGUAAAAUAAAAGUGUCUGAAUGGGUAAAGGAAUCAUACUCAUAGGGGCAUAGCUACUGAGUUCUUUCUUCUUUGCAGAUGUUUCUAUUUUUUCACAUAAACACACUUGUUGAUUAAAUUACGUAAUUAAUUUGUUGGAGAGGAGAGGAUGAGAUUUAACCCUUUUGUGUUGUUGCGUUGUUAAAAUUAAACAAGAUGUGAUUAAAAUGAUGAAAAUGAGUUGGAUAAA